UCGAGAAUGGAUUUCAGGUUACCACGCGUUCAUCUCGUGCAACCACUGAUUGCCGGGAGGUAAAAAGAAAGUUUGUAAAAGAAAUCAGAAUUAAACAGCAACGCAAACGAAGAUUCAAAAAUGAUGAUUGUAUAAAUAACAUGAUUUUCAAGCAUUCAUUACAAGCAACUAAACAAUUUCGGACGUUGGGUAUUACUUCAUUAUCGCCGUAUUUGAAUAAAUUUAUUCUCCCAGCAUGUACAUCGUGCAGGAAUAUAAACCUAAAACCCAAAUUAAAAGAGUUUGUACACUGUGAUUUUGUUGACAAUAUGGAUUACGGUGUGUAUGCUUUAACAACUGGCUAUAUCAAGGAGGCGGCAAUGGAGGCGGCACGACUGGCUAUUGUUAGAAGGGCCAAAACAAAACAAGUCACAAAAAUUGUUUCCGAAACUCCGUUUACAAAAAAACCAUUAGGUACAAGAAUGGGGAAAGGAAAAGGCAAAUUAGAUUAUUGGGCGUCAAAAUCAAUUGCUGGUCAGGUGCUACUUGAGUUUAAUUGUGAUAACGACUCAUUAGCUCGACAAGCAUUUAAACAAGUGAAAGCCAAACUACCAGUACGACUUCAUUUGCGUAUGAAACCAAAGCAACCAAAAAGAGUGUUAACUGCUGAUGAACUCUUAGCUAUGGUGCAAGAGGAUAAGGAACGAAAUGAAAGACUGCAAACACAACAACCAAACUGGACACAAAGAUGAAAAACUACAUAACUUUGUUAUCAUAUAAAUAUAAUUUCGUAUUAUGCUUUAUUCUUUGUGAUGAGUUCAAUUGCUUCACAGCAGGAUCAAGCCGAGCAAAGCAUUUGUUAUUUCAAAGUAUAAUCUUCAAGACUAAACCAGGCUUUUAUACUAAAAGGUGAAAGCCGUGUAAUGCAAUGUUUUUGUGAGAAAGAACCGAUAGUAUUUUUUGUAUAUUUUUUAAAGUAUUUAGUAAAAAAAUGCUAACGAUAUCUACAA